AUGAAAGUGGACUCGACGAGGGCCCUGGUAGACCACUGGCGCAUCUUUCGGCUGACCGGACUGAACCCGCCGGCCAGGAACACCGUGUGGGGGCGCCACUACAGUGCCUACUCGCUGGUGUGGAACGUGGUGUUCCACCUCUGCAUGUGGGUGUCCUUCACGGUGAACUUCCUGCUGUCCAACUCGCUGGAGACCUUCUGCGAGAGCCUCUGCGUGGCCAUGCCGCACACGCUCUACAUGCUGAAGCAGUUCAAUGUCUACCGGAUGCGCGGGGAGCUGCUCCACAGCCACCAGGUGCUCCGCCACCUGGACAGCCGGCUGCGCUCCUCCGCCGAGUCCCAGAUCGUCGGCGAAGGCAUCGCCAGGGCGGAGUUCAUAUUCAGGAUCCUUGGCCGCGGCGUUUUGGGCGUGAUCGUGGUCGGCAUCCUUUACAUCGUGCUGGCCAACGAGCCCACCCUGAUGUACCCCUCCUGGAUUCCCUGGAACUGGACGAGCAGCUCCUCCUCCUACCUGCUCACCGUCGCCCUGCACACAUGCGGCAUAAUCGCGACGGCGGCCGUGGUCCUCAAUUUGAGCACCUAUCCGGGCACCUACCUACUCCUGCUCGGCGCCCACACCAAGGCCCUGGCCUGGCGAGUCGGCAAGUUGGGUCACGGCAGGCCACUCCCGGCGGACCGGGUGCAGGCACUCCUGGUUGGCUACAUCCAGGACCACCAGAUUAUCGUGCACCUGCUCAAGUCGCUGGAGCGAUCGCUGUCGAUGACCUGUUUCCUGCAGUUCUUCUGCACGGCCUGCGCCCAGUGCACCAUCUGCUACUUCCUGCUCUUCGAGAGCGUCGGGGUCAUGCGGUUCACAAACAUGUUUUUCCUGCUGGUGGCCUUCACCACCGAGACCCUGCUGCUCUGCUACAUCGCCGAGAUCCUUUGCCAGGAGGGGGAGGACCUGCUGGCGGCAGUCUACAGCUGCAACUGGCUGGACCAGUCGGCGCAUUUCCGGCGGCUGCUGCUCCAAAUGCUCCUGCGCUGCCAGAAACCGAUGAUCUUGGUCUCUGGAGUCAUAGUGCCCAUCAGCAUGAAGACCUUUGUGGCGGUGGUGAAGGGAGCUUACACCAUGCUCACCCUGCUGAAUGAAAUGCGAAAAUCGUCACUGGAAUACAACUAA